UUGUACACGAAUGCAUCGUUGACAGCUCAGAUUUGUUGCAAGUUUAUUUCAGUCUAUGCAGAGAAAGUAAAAAAAACAGAACUACAUAAAGAACAGCAUGUGCUAGACAUGACGAAUCUGACGCACAUAUCCGGGAGUUUGCUUCGGUGGACGAUAAGGGUUUAUUCAAACCCAACACUGCUUUUCUGCAAAAAUAAUGUUUCGCAUUCACAUAAUUUCGUGAGGUCUGUCAGAUGUUUUACCACAGAAUCACGUCAAAGAAGCGAUGGGAGGCGUUACGCUUCAUCGUCACGUAGAACUGUACGUAUCGGAUGUGCGUCGGGGUUUUGGGGUGACACGGCAACGUCAGUUCCUCAGCUUGUCUAUGGUGGAAAAUUGGACUUCCUUGUGUUUGAUUAUCUGUCAGAAAUCACCAUGUCCCUCCUUACCGCUGCCAAAGCUAAAGCACCUAGCAUGGGAUAUGCUCCUGAUUUUGUUCUUGCACUUUCUCCAUUCAUUAAGGAUAUAAGCAAAAGAGGUAUUCGUGUGGUUAGUAAUGCCGGUGGUGUAAAUCCUCUUGCCUGUGGAGCGGCUCUACAGGAAGUAGUUCAGAAGGCGGGACUUGACUUAAAGGUAGCCGUGGUUACUGGCGAUGACCUAAUGCCACAGAAAGACACUUUGACAGAACUCAGAAUGGCUGAAUCGGAGGAAAAGAAACCACUUCCAAAGACAGUCCACAGCAUGAAUGCGUAUUUGGGCGCUCUCCCCAUUAAACGCUGCCUGGACCUGGGGGCCGAUAUUGUAGUGACAGGACGCUGCGUGGACAGCGCCGUGGUUCUCGGACCGCUAAUGCAUUCGUUUUCAUGGGACGGCAACAAUUAUGACAUGCUGGCUGCUGGAAGUCUGGCUGGUCACCUGAUUGAGUGUGGCGCACAGGUCACCGGGGGCAUUUUCACAGACUGGCACACAGUUCCGGACUGGGAUAACAUGGGUUUCCCCGUGGUGGAAUGUUCCGCUGAUGGUUCGUUUACACUGUCUAAACCUCCAAAAACUGGUGGUCUGGUUUCAUUUGGUACAGUAGCUGAGCAGUUAGUGUAUGAGAUUGGAGACCCACGGCGUUACCUUCUGCCUGACGUUACAUGUGACUUCUCUGAUGUCACCAUCAGUGAGAUACCUGAUGUAGAUGGGGGAGCAGUGAAAGUAGGAGGGGCCAGAGGUUCUUCUCCAUCAGGUGACUACAAGGUGUGUGCCACAUAUUCAGAUGGAUUCAGAGCUAUGGCAGUUUGCCCUGUUGGUGGACCUAGGGCUGUGGAAAAGGCCAGAAGAACAGCAGAUAGUAUUAUUAAAAGGACCCAGCGUAUUUUUAAACAACUUGGUCUGGAGGACUAUACCGAAGUCAACAUCCAAGUUCUGGGUGCUGAAGAUACAUACGGACCACAUGCCGUCAAUACGAGUCCUCGUGAGGCUGUUAUUUGGAUGGCUGUACAUCAUAAGCAGAAGAAAGCGCUGGAGUUCUUCUCUAGAGAAAUAGCUCCAGCGGGAACAGGCAUGGCUCCAGGACUAACUGGUAUAGUUGGCGGGCGACCCAGGAUAUCACCAGUGCUGAAGCCUUUCUUUUUCCUGCAUCCCAAAGAAAAUUUGAAGGUGCACAUUCAUCUGAAUGGGGAGCUUGUGGAGACGCACCAUGGGGCGGCAGAAGACCCAUCAUCAUUAGCAGAAGGCCACGCCCCCUCCUUCCGCUCAGCGGAAAGUAGCCCAUCACCUACAGAUCUGCCCUCCGGCACUCAUACGUUCAGGCUGGAGGAGUUGGCAUACACGCGCAGUGGAGACAAAGGAGACUCUGCAAACAUUGGGGUUAUUGCGAGACACCCGCUGUAUUUCCCCUAUCUGAAAGCUAUGUUAACUGCCAAAGUGGUGGAGAAGUAUUUCCAGCACCUGAUCAGAAAGGAUCAGACUGACCUGCCUUCUGUCAUUCGGUACGAACUGCCCGGCAUUCACGGCCUGAAUUUCAUCCUCCGGAAUUCGCUCGGAGGGGGAGGGGUGGCGUCCCUGCGCAGCGACCCUCAGGGGAAGGCUUAUGGACAGAUGUUGCUUGACUGCAAACUAAAAGGCCUGCCCGAUCUAAAAGCGCUUAAAAAAGACGGGACUUAAAGAUGCCGGUGUUUAAAAAAACACCUACUAACCAAUUGUGGCUACUAACAAUUCACAAAUUGUUGAAAUGAGCUUCAAACUGUGAAUUUUGAAAACACUAUUGUGCCUUUCAUUUUUUUAUUAAUUUUUUUUGUAGUAUGUAAUUUGUAGAAGCUAUGUAUGAGCGUUAAUCAAAUAAAAUGACCAGGAAAAACAAAAUAAAUAGCCGACUGAAGUACAGC